AGUACCUAGCGGGAAAAGCACGGAGAUGCGUGCAGACGAGCGAGCGACGGGGUGCUGCGCGAAGCCAUGCACCAGAGUCAACGUGAGGGGCGGUUACAAAUACAAUGUGGUGUUCGAGUGUGUGCAGCGUAUACGGCGAGGGCUGGAUGGUGUUGUGGGGAAUAUCUGGGCGAGCAGUGACAGCACAGCGGCCAGAAGCGCGAACCUGCGCUAGCCGGAGCCGGCCAGCAAGAGCCUCGAGCGCAGCCCUGGAGCACUCGCACCCGCCGGCUGACGAGUCUGUGGCACGCCGGGCAACUCAAACAUCACGCGCCACAUUCACUUGCAGAGGCGAAUAAUCGAGCCCUUCCGGUCCUGUGGCGCGCCGUUUGGAGAGUGGCACGUGACGAGCCGAUGACGAGGCGCGCGGACCUCUGCCCAAG